AUGUCGGCCCGAGGAGCUCAGAUUGCCCCUAGAACGAACUUGGCGCCAUCGCCUUUGGCUAGUGGGGCUGCUUCCUCACCAGAAUCAAGUUCGCCUGGUGGAAUUACAACCAUCGCCACAUCGCGAGAAUGGGUCUUGCCACCAAGACCCAAACCAGGACGCAAACCUAGUGUUGACACGCCGGCGUCCAAGAGAAAGGCACAAAACCGUGCUGCUCAGCGUGCUUUCAGGGAACGCAGAGCCACGCGUGUGCAAGAGUUGGAGCAGAAGUUGCUCGAGGUGGAAAAAGACAAGGAGACCCGAGAAAUGGGUCUAGUCAACACCAUCAACAAACUAAAGUUCGAGAACCAGUUUCUUAUAAAGUCUCUUGAGCAACUACGCCUGGAGUUUCAAUCGUUCCGUGCGGCCGGGUCCUCUCCAUCUAGGCCCGAUUCCCUACCGGCGAGCGGAAGCGCCAGUCUACAAGCAAACGCUUACAAGUCUGAACUUAGCCAAAGCGCACACCAACUUCUUGAGUUUGCCAAAUCUCUGCCUGCGCAGGUUUCUGCGUCGCCCGCCCUGCUGCAAUAUUCUGUUCAACAGAUUCUGCCUGCUCCAUCUGCGGAUUCGCCGCCGUCUUUAUCCGCAUUCCGUUCCGUGGCCCCAAAGAGUGGGAACAGCACGCAAAUCACACCUAUAUCCCACAAGCUGUCGCCUGAUAAGAAGAAGGACAGUACCGAAGAUUUUGAUUGCGGUAUUUGCCUCAAGGAAAGAUGUCUUUGCGAAGAUGUGGGCCUCAAGUCGAAGAGCUUGGAAGACACAUUCAAGUCCUUCACACCUAUGGCCGCAGUAUCUUUGCGUGCCAAGCGUAAAGUUUCCGAGGUGAAAGAAAUUGACUUUACCGCAGGAUACAAGAAAAUGCCAGAUCUCAAGAAAUUGCGCAAGAACUCGCUGGAAAGAGACAAGCCGAGAAAAACGUCGCUGGUAUCGAUGGGUGGCGACAACUUCGACGAGAACUCGCCAGUUGAAAACUGUGGCUUUUGCACGGAUGAUACCCCAUGUGUCUGUAGAGAAGCGGCCAAAGAAGCGGCUCGCCUCAACCAGUCGCUUCAGGAAAAGGAGGAAGAAGAACACGAUGCGGCUGGCCCUAUGCUGCUUCCUCCUAUCCAGGUUAAGGAUGGUGUGUCUAAGGCGCCGUUGCCCGUGAUGCAUCCGGGACCUUCUCUUGAAAUCAGAGAGUACACGAAUUUGACUCCGGGAGCAGUGCCUACGGUUGUCACCAAAGAGGAAACUGCGCCAGAAACGAGCAACAACAAGCCAGACGAGGAAAAAUCGGGAUGCACAGGCAACCCUGGAACGUGCAUGCAAUGUCAGAUGGAUCCGAUGUCAACGCUAUUUUGUACUACAGUUGCAAGCAAGGCUGCGCUGGAACCAACACAAGCAACGCAAGACGUGCCAAAGGCAUUGCCUACUGGUGACGAGAAGUCUUCAGCAUCUCUGGAAUCUUCUUCUCUGCGACCUUCGUCGCUGGGUCCUUCAUCUCUAGGGCCAUCUUCUCUGGCGUCUAUCUCUGCGGCAUCCUCGACAUCUUCGGUGCCUCUGCCUUCAGGAGGCAUUUUCAUUCCGUGUUCUGAUGCUUAUAAGACACUUUCGCGCCACAAAAGGUUUAACAGUGUGGACUUUCUGUCGCUUGUGGGCAGAUUGACCACUAGGGGAAUGCUUGUGGAGGCUCAAUCUGUGGCGAAUGUGAUUCGGGAGCUAGACAGAAAGGUGUACGAUUAG